AUGAGCUGGUCUCUCUCCUUCUGCCUCCUCUUCCUCAGCCACCUGAGCCACCUCCUCGCUUGGGCGCCCAAGGAGACGCGGCCCCCGCGAGCGCAACUUGGAGACGCGGCUCUCCCGGGUGAGAACCCCCGCAGGAGCCGCCUCGGAAGUCCCCGGAAUACCACUUCUUGGCCCUCUUCUUCUUCAUCAUCCUCUUCCUCCUCCUCCUCCUCCUCAGCCCCUUCGUCUUAUUUUUCCCCCGCUGGGGAAGUUCAAGGCAGCGGCCCCGACAGGAGCAGCUUUCCGUGGACGCCUUCCGGACGCCGGACGGGCAGCCUCUACUGCCGGGUGGGCAUCGGCUUCCACCUUCAAAUUCACCCCGAUGGGCACGUGAACGGCUCCCACCAAGGCAGUCUGUUAAGUAUUUUGGAAAUAUUUGCUGUAUCUCAGGGGAUUGUAGGAAUACGAGGAGUUUUCAGCAACAAAUUUUUAGCGAUGUCCAAAAAAGGAAAACUCCACGCAAGUGCCAAAUUUACUGAUGACUGCAAGUUCAGGGAGCGGUUUCAGGAAAACAGCUACAACACCUAUGCCUCUGCCGUUCACAGGACUGAAAGAACGAGAAGGGAAUGGUACGUGGCUUUGAACAAAAGGGGAAAAGCCAGAAGAGGAUGCAGCCCCCGAGUAAAACCCCAGCAUAUUUCCACACAUUUCCUCCCCAGGUUCAGGCAAGAGGAACCACCAGAACUAGCUUUUACUGUCGCUGUUCCAGAAAAGAAGAAACCACCUGUUGUCAUCCCAGCAAAGCCAAAGGUUUCAUUGCCCAUGUCUCGGAAAAACUCUCCUCCUGUCAAAUACAGACUCAAGUUUCGCUUUGGAUAG